AUGGGAAGGCAGACUCGAAGAAAAGGCGCUGCCAAUAUUUUGGCUUGCCAGAAGAAGAUUAGUUGUGGCCAUUACUCGGCUGCAAUACGAGUGAUUUCUUCAUCAGGGGUAGAUCCUCGCAAUGAGAGUACUUAUCUUGACUUGCAAGAUAAGUAUCCAUCGGCUCCUCCCCCCGUUGUUCCUUCGGAUGCUGUGACAGUUGUUCCAAUUACGGUAGAUUCACGGGCUGUCUUGGGAGCUAUUAAGAGCUUCCAAAAGGAUGCAGUGGCGGAUAAUUUACUCACUUCGAUUACUGGGGUAGUCAAUCUUUGGUUGGCCGGUAAAUGCCCCAAUAGCUUAGGCGAGUUCAUUGCCAGUGCGCCUUUGACUCUAUUACUUAAACCAGGGGGUGGUAUUAGGCCAAUUGCGUCGGAAAAGACGACCUCUUAUUUAGGCGACUAUCAAUUUGGAGUUGGGGUGCCUGUCGGUGGGGAGAGUAUUUUACAUGCUGUAAAUAUCUUACUGGAGUUGAAAGGUCACUCGGAUAAAAUGUCAAUGCUGCUUAUUGACUUUUCCAAUGCUUUCAACAUGGUGAGCAGAUCUCAUCUCAUCAAAGAGGGGGACCACAUUGGUCCCUUGCUGUUUGCAUUGACUCUUCACCCUCUAGUGAAGAUUAUUGCUUCUCGUUGCACGCUUUAUUUACAUGAUUGGUACCUUGAUGAUGGUACCAUUAUUGGGGAUACUUUGGAGGUAGCCAAGGCCUUGAGUAUAAUAGAAGCUGAAGGACCUAGUAGGGGGUUACAUCUUAACGUUCUAAAAACCGAAGUAUUUUGGCCAUCUAUUGAUCCCAGGAGUACAUUUGAUGAUGUUUUCGCCUCUGACAUUGGUAGGCCCUCUAAUGGCGUUAAGCUUUUGGGCGGACCUGUGAGUUUGGGUUCGAACUUCAUUAGUGAUAUGAUGCUGACCAGGGUGAAUAAAACUGUUCAACUGAUGGAUGAAAUCAAAAAACUCAAGGACCCUCAGAGUGAGAUGCUAUUACUUCGUAAUUUCACUGGUGUGUCUCGUCUAUAUUUCGCAAUGCGUACUACUAAUCCAGCAGCCUUGCAAUCAACCACUGAUCUUUUUGACGACCAUCUACUUAAGUAUUUGAGACUCUUAAUCACUGGAGAUGGUGCAGGUUUUGGUCCUUUACAGCAGCGAUUGGCUACUUUUCCUAUCAAGGAUGGUGGCCUUGGAAUCUACACCAUGGCGGACACCCGUACUUACUGUUUCCUUGCCUCUCAGAAUCAGACCGCUUCAGUACAGAAGACAAUUCUGGUUAAGAAACAAAUCCCAGAGCAAUUCUCUAUGUCUGCAAGAGAUUCUAUUUUAUGGCAGUGUAACCGUAUCAAGCACGCUCAGGAUUAUUUAUUAGCUGUACCAAUCAGUGGGCUUAAUCAGUGUAUCGGGCCUAGACAGUUUCAAGCCGUGCUUUGUUAUCGCCUCGGUAUUCCACUGUUUGUUGAGAAUGGCUUAUGCACUAGUUGCAACAAAUCUAUGGACAUCUUUGGAGACCAUGCGCUUCAUUGCGCUAAAGAUGUUGGAAGUAAGUUUCGACAUGAUCUUGUCCGUGAUAUUGUUGUUGAUAUUUGUUACAAGGCUAGUGUACCUGCCCGCAAGGAAGUCUCUUUUGGUAUUCUUUCUGAUGAGGAUAAAGACUUGAGGCCUGCCGAUAUUCUUGCUCUCAACUGGGAAAACGGGCAAGAUGUUUGUAUGGAUGUCACUGGUGUCUCGCCCUUUACUGGUGAUGGUGUACGUUCUUUUGUCCCAAGGAAAGCUAUUUCUAAGGCGGUUUCAAGAAAGCGUGCUAAAUAUUUAGACAAGUGCACUUCACUUGGUUAUGGUCUGGGGGUCCUGGCUUUCUCUACUUUGGGGGAACUUGGUGAAGAUACUUUAUGUUUUUUUAAGCAUCUGAAGAACUGUCUUGUUAAUAAUGACGCUAGUAGCGGUUUUGGUAGUUUUAUAUUUCAUAGAUUAGGAAUUGUUAUUCAGAGGGGGUUGGUGCCCAGCUUGUUGCUAGGUAGCCAACCAAUAGCUUUGUAUGAUUUUAUAUUUUGA